AUGCCAUCGGCCGUGGAGGGCUCAGAGGGGGGAGAAGAGGGGGAAAUCUUGCGCUACGAGGAAACAGAAGAUGACAGCGUCAGUCCCACCGACCUUUCGGAGCUGCUGAAGGAGGGGACAAAGGAAUCCCACGACCGUGCAGAGAACACGCAGUUUGUCAAAGACUUCCUGAAAGGACGGAUCAAGAAGGAGCUCUUCAAGCUGGCCACCGUGGCACUGUACUUCACGUACUCGGCUCUGGAAGAGGAAAUGGAUUGCAACAAGGACAGCCCAGUCUUUGCUCCCCUCUAUUUCCCCCUAGAGCUUCACCGGAAAGAAGCGUUGGCCAAAGACCUCAAAUAUUUCUACGGAGAAGACUGGAAAGAGAAGGUUCAGUGUUCAGAGGCAACUCAGCACUACGUGGACAGAAUCCAUCACGUGGGACAGCACGAGCCGGAGCUGCUAGUCGCUCACGCUUACACGCGCUACAUGGGGGACCUCUCGGGUGGCCAAGUGCUGAAGAAAGUAGCCCAGAGGGCCCUGAAGUUGCCCAGUACGGAGGAGGGGAUCCAAUUCUACGUGUUCGACAACGUUUCCAAUGCGCAGCAGUUCAAGCAGCUCUACAGAGCGAGGAUGAAUGCUCUGGACUUGGACAAGGACACCAAGGAAAGGAUCGUGGAAGAGGCCAACAGAGCCUUCAGAUUCAACAUGCAG